UGACACCGUUGUUUCCUUUCAUUAUCAGGUAAUGACUUAAUGACGGUUAGAAUGUCCAACACUGACUUGUACUCUGAGUUACUUCAGUCAGAGCUCACAUGGGACAGUGAAGUCGUAUUAACGAGGGUUAGCUCCAUCGGAUACUCAGGAUCGGUAUCGGCUCGAUAUUGAUCAAAAUUUCAGGAUCGAACAUUUGAAAAAGCUUGUCCGAUCCGAUACCUGAGCCCAAAUGUUCUUAUCAAUUUCUCUGCAAAAAAAAGGUAUCGGAUUGAUAUCGACAAAUGCUGGAAGUCGCAGUAUCUACGGUAUCAGUAUUGGUAUCGGACGUGAAAAAGUGUUCACUCUGAAUAAGCCGUAGGUUUGAUGGUUAGUGUGAAUGGUUGUUUGUGUUCGUACGUGCAGAGCUGGGCAGGGCGUACGCCACCGUGCGUCCCUGAGAACAGUUACGAACCACUCAGAACUGCAGUUCUGUGACGUUCUAAUUUUUCAUUUUACUUCAUCUUCACUGUCCAGUUUUUUGGCAAUCAUUGUUUUAUAUCAACGUAGCCCGAGUUUCAUAACAGGCCCCGAAUGGACACGUUAGCUAGCCUCGAGUGGUCGUUAACACGUGUGAACUAGCAUCUGUUUUGCUUCCAUGGAAAAACGUUUAUUUAACUUCUUUCUAUCUGAUUCCGACAGCGGAACACGUCCAAUUACACGACGGCCAAAUAUCUCUGAAAAGUUCUUCUGUUGUUUUUUUUUUCUCGAAGUAAACAGAUGUAGCCCAAGGUCCUGAGGGUCAAUGCUCUGUAAAAUAGGUCUCAUUAAAGAUGAGGUCCACAACCCUGUAACCUGACCACAUGAUCCAUAAAAAUGUCCUCUUUUUGGUCAAAUCAGUUCAAGCCACUGAGCACAGUAUGGGCCAUUCAUCUGAGUAGUCAUGUCAGACAGACAGCUCUAACAUGAACACAGGGACCUGUGGCGGUUGAAGAAAAAAAAAAAACAGUCCUGUUGUUAUUUUCUUUUUGGUGCAGCCCAGCAGCUGACUUCUGCAUGAGAGGCGGAGUCGCCCGGAGUCUUUCUGAUGAGUUCAGCAUCAGUCUGAGAAAACAGUCAAAAAGCUCACAGUUCUCCACUCUGAGGCGGCUUCACAAGACCCUCUGAGGGCUGCUGGUCCACGCUCACACGCUGAGAAGUCGGGAUUUGACUGAGUUUGUCUGAUGGGCCAACAAGUGGACGGACAGGUCGGAUGCGUUGAAGGAAAGUGGACUAUUUCAGUUGUUGACCACAUCAAUUUUCUCCUGCGCUCUUUGGUUUUUUAUCACUCAACUGGACUCGACCUGAUGAACAACUAAGCAGAGCUCGGUCUGCAGCUGGCGACACUUCAACCUUUACACAUCAGGGCCGAUAAAGUCAGAAUGCGCAUGUCAGAGACCAACCUGGACAUGGACAUGGACAUGGAUAGGACCAACGGGUCCCAUCAUUUCCCCUCCAUCCUCCACAUGGAGUUCAACCCACACCUCGACAUCUUCGAGGAGAAUGACACCAACUCCUCAGGCGGCGAGCGACACUAUCUGGGCUGCGUGCAGGUGCGCAUCCCGCAGGAGCUCUUCCUGGCGCUGGGGCUGAUCAGCCUGGUGGAGAACAUCCUGGUGAUCCUGGCCAUCAUCAAGAACCGCAACCUGCACUCGCCCAUGUACUACUUCAUCUGCUGCCUGGCCGUGUCGGACACGCUGGUCAGCGUCAGCAACGUGGUGGAGACCAUCUUCAUGCUGCUCCACGACCACGGGCUCCUGGACCUGCACCCAGGUAUGCUGCGACACCUGGACAACGUCAUCGACGUGAUGAUAUGCAGCUCCGUGGUGUCGUCGCUCUCCUUCCUCUGCACCAUCGCCGCGGACCGCUACAUCACCAUCUUCUACGCGCUGCGCUACCACAGCAUUAUGACCACGCAGCGCGCCGUCACCAUCAUCGCGGUGGUGUGGCUGGCGAGCAUCACCGCCAGCAUCCUCUUCAUCGUCUACCACACCGACAACGCCGUCAUCGUCUGCCUGGUCACCUUCUUCUUCAUCACGCUCAUCUUCAACGCCGUGCUCUACCUGCACAUGUUCCUGCUGGCGCACAUCCACUCACGGCGCAUCAUGGCUUUUAACAAGAGCCGGCGUCAGACCACCAGCAUGAAGGGUGCCAUUACCCUCACCAUCCUGCUGGGGGUGUUCAUUUUGUGCUGGGGCCCCUUCUUCCUUCACCUCAUCCUCAUCCUCACCUGCCCCACCAGCACCGUCUGCAACUGUUUCUUCAGGAACUUCAACCUCUUCCUCAUCCUCAUCAUCUGCAACUCUCUCAUCGACCCGCUCAUUUACGCGUACCGGAGUCAGGAGCUGCGGAAGACCCUGCGGGAGCUGGUGCUGUGCUCCUGGUACUUCGGCGUGUGACGGGUUCGCAGCUGAUGCGUGACACUGUACAAAAGACAAUGCAUGGGCUGUGCAUGUGAUAGUGACUUCUGACCGUGCCGGCCUGGCUCCCGUGACUGUGGGCUGUUACUGUACACAGUUAAAUGCCGUGGGUCAUUUCAAAACGUUUACAAAAUUGUCCUGAAACUUUUGUAUGUUUGUAUAUAGCUGCUGUGUUCAGAUCAGUCCAACCAAAGACCGAGACCGAGACCGAGACGAACACAGACACUUUCUGCAUUUUUCUCCCCUAAGCUUUUCAUAAUAAUGAACUAUAUGAGUUUAAUUGUCCAAAAAGUCCUAGCACCUUAUUUUGACGUCGGUUUAGUUUUUUUUGUCAGGUCUGUAAAAAAUACAAACAAAAAAUGUUUUCAACGUCUGAAAAUGAGGAUUGCGGGCAUCAAUUUGGACCAAAUAAUAUGUCCUCCAGUCGGCUUUAAUUUUUUUUUUCAGUCAUCUGACAAUACCUAUGACUAUGACCCAUGAAAAAUUAUAUUUUUUUCCUCUGGUCUGGCAGAAGUCUGAGGUAAGCACAACGACAACAUGCUGUGUGUGAGCUAACGGCCGAAAACAUGACUAAAAUUCCAGGCUGUAGUGAAAGAUCCGUGCUUCGUCUUCAGCCCUGUUGGCGUUCCGAUGACUCACCAAAAUGUUUUAGGCUAAAUUACAUCCCGCCUGUGGAAGCUAGUCAGGAAUGUGGCCCUGCGUUUUCACGUGUAGAUCUCUG